AAGCAAAAACAAAAAAGGAACUCCGAAGAAGAACGCCAUCAUCAAUCAAUUCCAUUAUCAUUUACGCAGAAGAUCAACACAUAAUCACGCUACUGAGUAUAUAGUCAAAACGCCUAAUCCAAACAAUUAAAUAAAUCAAACAAAAAAAAAAAAAAGAUGGCAGAAGAAAUUGAUGAUAAUGGAUUUUACAGAGAAGAUUUUAGUGCUGAAUCUGAUUGGGAGAUAUUUAACGCUCAGAUGUGCGAAAUAUUUCAGACAUGGGAACUUUCCACUUCGGAUGAUUGGAGCCGAGAAUUUAAUGUUGGUGAACUUUUUAAUUGCAAAUGGCACGUCAAGGAAGAGAAUUUAAAAUACUUGGAUAAAAAAAUUACUUUAACAUAUUACAAAGCAGAUUUAAAGACGCAGGAUUUAAAUCCUAUUGAUAAAAGUAAACCACCAUUACACGUUGAUUUGAUGUCACGAAAUAACACGUUUAGCCCGUCGAUGAUUGAUAGUCUGCAGCCGAAAAGAGUUAUGCACACUCUAGCGCGAUAUUAUGGGCUACGACGUUUUGUGUUACUGCAAGUUGUAGAUAGCCAAGGAGCGCAUCUUAAUAACCAUUCGGAUUUUGGUAUUACUAGCUUCUUGAGCUCGAUUUUUGUUGUAACAGCUGAGUUGAAUUGGUCUGUGCCAGUUUUUUUGCAAAUUUUUCAUCCUACUUGGUGUUAUUUUGUUGGGGUGGGCAUGACAUUUAAUAUGCGGACGAAUUUCGAUGCAGUCUCCUUACAUGAGGCUCCAGAGCGAAUGCGAUACUUAUCCGGGCUACUCAAGAUAUUUAAAGAGAAAGUUCCUCACAGCUAUGAAAAGCCAGCUAUAGUGUCGGUGCAAAAUAUUUACGAUUUAGACGAAAUUAGAUUAAAAGUGCCAAUGUAUGUUCCAUUUGACUUGAAUCCACUGGAAGCCCGCGUUAUAAGCUUAUCUCAGUUUACAGCUCUUCCUCAUGGUUAUUUUUCGGAUUCUAAAUCAGAUAUAUAUGCCAUUUUUACGUGGCCAGAGAUGGCAGAAAACACAGCAAUUGAUUCCGAGCUUCAGACCCAAUUUACACCUUCGAAAGCGCACUGCGGCUUCGUUCAGUUAAUGUCGCAUGCUACUUCUUACUUGAGUUCUUGUUUGAGUGACUUUAAAAAACUAAGCGAAGCUAAAAGUAUUCUGCAAUCCUAUGUAGGUCAUUAUUUUUCAAAUGCAGCUGCAAUAAGUGAUUUGGAAAAUCGUUUAACUAAAACCAAACUAAUGAAAAAGCGUUCAGCUAUGCAACAGGAAAAUUACUAUAAAUUAUACAAAGAAACUGAACAACAGCCACAAAAAAGGAUUCCUGGUCCUAUGACUGACCAUGUGUUAAAUCAAAUGUUGUACUAUUUAUUUCCUGAUAUGCAUCCGGAAAAACCCUUAUUUCCCUAUGAGACACCACAGCGCGAUCCUCAUCGCAUAAAAUCCGCCAAGCCGGAUUCGCUAGUGCAGCGUUUAAGCUGCUUGUUGGCCACAUGCAACGCUCAUUUUGGUGGUGAAAGAGGUCUGGUUCAAAUGUGGGCCUCUUUUAUUAAAGAGUUACGUUUUCUGUGGGACAAUUGUUUACCCAUUCCAGGAAUGUCACCAGGAUUUCCUGAUACCAAAACUUGUCUACUACACCAAAAGUUGCAAAUGUUAAAUAUAUGUAUAGAGCGAAGGCUAGAAAGGGAAUUUAAAGCUCACCGCCAAGUACCGGGUUAUAUAACAACAAGCGAACUUAAUUUAGCGGAUAGUUUGAAUGACGAGGAUGAAUUCUACGAUUGUUUGGAUCAUGAGGAACGUGAAACCGCCGGAGACGCUGAGAAUGUUUCGUCAAGCAAAAGCACCAAAGUUGAAAAAGACGUAAAUAAAGCGGAAGGACGCUUAAAACGUUUGGGGAACAUAAAGCUGAUAGCUGCUGACGAAUAUUUAUUUAUACCAGUUACGCAAGAGCUAGUGCCCAAAACUGAGGAUCAAUUCUUAGACGACAAUGAAGAUAUACUCAGCUCGGAUCAAAUCAGACAAAAAAUGGCUUCAUCCUUACAAUCUGAUAUGGACGCUUUUAAAGCUGCCAAUCCCUUAGCUAAAUUAGAAGAUUUUAUAAGAUGGUACAGUCCAGUUGAUUGGGUAGAGUCCGUUGAUGAAAAUGCUCAGAAAGUAUAUCAACUAAGCGGUCGAAUGUCCGCUCCUGGUAAUAUCUGGCAAAAAUUAUGGGAACAAUCAAAACCUAUUCCUGCGUACAAACAGAAGCGCCUAUUCGACGACACUGAUGAAGGUUUUAAAGUUCUUACGUAUCUGGAGACACGAAACGUCGGCGAAGUGUAUCAGUUAACGGUGGUGCCUUUACUCCAUAGCUCUAUACUGAAGUUGAAGAACAUUUUUAUUAAUUCAAACGCGUUAGACGUAUUUGAACAGACUGUAAACGAAACAUUGGCCGAUUUAUGUCGUCUAUCCCGAGAUAUUGAAGCAGUUAAAACAAAAGAUUCAAUUUUUGAAUCAUUUCCAAACAUCGAACCGAUAUUAAUGCAAAUAACAAAACUUGAGCUUCAGUUUUAUCAAUUCAAGUGUUUCGAGAGCAUUGUCGACAUUGAUCGCGCAGGUACCAGAACGACCGAGAUUAAGACAUACUUUAAAGAAAUGAUGGAAAAUAAUGGCUGUUACAAUAUUCGGAAAUAUAAUGGAAAACUAAAUGAGCAGACCGGAAAUUCACAAUGCUUGAUUGACAUUCUGAAUUCAAGUUUCAAAGAUAAAUUACAUCAAAACCCAAUUAGCAAGGAAUAUGUCAUACGUUUGGGUAACGAUUGUGCGGAUAUGAAUAGAAGAGUUGAACUGUCAGAUAUGCCGCAGUUCCUAAGAGGUAUUGUAGCGGGCAAAACAUUGCGUUUAUGUGGUGCAUUUACGGAAAAUACAACAUUCUUGGAUUGAAAUAUAUUCUUGAUUCAUUUACAUAUAUAUUACUAAGAUUCCAACUAACCACUAAUAUGGAUAUGUUAUUAGAAGAGAAGGUGAGGCCUUCUUCUUUAAAUGUAAUAUGUUAAACAUGUAUGCGCCUAUAUUGUUGUAAUAAAUGUUAAGAAUUUAAAGGCGUAUUUUGCUGCCGUCUCCGCGAAUUUGUACUUAUGGUAAACCACCAUGAAUAAAUCAGCUAAAAGCGAUGAUGACAUUUGACAAAGGCACGUCGAUGUUCAAAAGCUUUG